CAUGCGUCGUAGGACUUAGCUAAACAGCUGAGUUGUUCAAUAGUUAGCUAAAUAGUUUAACCCAAUCAGUUGCUAUCUUUGCACGUCUCUUUCCCAAUUGCUUGCUUUAGCGGUCAUUAGUGAGAGAGUCUCGAAAGGUAAUGGCACAAGAAAAACUAAAGAAAGAAAAAACUCUCGCAAUGAGAAAUAGAUUAAUCGGCCAGUCAUGUAGACUGUUUUACUCAGAGGACCCUGUGAAAAUAGUAAGAGCGAGAGGACAGUAUCUAUUCGAUGAAAAAGGACAACGCUAUUUGGACUGCAUUAGUAACGUCCACCAUGUAGGUCACUGUCACCCCGCCGUAACAAAGGCUGCAGCAGCACAAAUGGAGCUCCUGAACACAAAUGCACGAUUCCUGCAUGACAACAUAGUCCUGUAUGCAGACCGCCUGGCAGCCACUCUGCCUGAGAAACUGUGUGUUUUUUAUUUCGUUAAUUCUGGUUCAGAGGCAAAUGAUCUCGCUCUACGUUUGGCACAAGAGUACACCCAACAUGAGGAUGUCCUAGUACUUGAUCAUGCGUACCAUGGACAUCUAAUGUCCCUCAUCGACAUUAGUCCGUACAAGUUUCGGAAAUUGAGAGGACAGAAAGAAUGGGUCCAUGUGGCCCCCUUACCAGACACCUACAGAGGCAUAUAUAGAGAGGAUCACCCCAACCCAGGCCAAGCAUAUGCUGAAACAGUAAAAGACGUGAUAGAGGAGAUCAACAGGAAAGGUCGUAAGCUCUCAGCCUUCUUUGCUGAAUCGUUGCCAAGUGUUGGAGGGCAAAUCGUCUUGCCAAAAGGAUACUCAUCUAAAGUUGCAGAAUAUGUGCGCUCAGCUGGUGGAGUGUUUGUAGCAGAUGAAGUGCAGACAGGUUUUGGACGUGUAGGGAGUCAUUUCUGGGCUUUCCAGCUGCACGAAGAGGGUUUCUGUCCAGACAUUGUAACUAUGGGCAAACCAAUGGGCAACGGGCAUCCCCUGGCAUGUGUGGCAACUACUGUGGAUAUAGCUGGAGCUUUCACAGCUAAUGGAGUGGAGUACUUUAAUACGUUUGGAGGGAAUCCUGUGUCAUGUGCCAUUGGUCUUGCUGUCCUUGAUGUGAUAGAGGAUGAAGACCUCAGAGGAAAUGCCACUAGAGUGGGAGCACAUCUUAAAGAUUUGUUCAAAAAACUACAAGCAAGACACGAAAUAAUUGGAGAUGUCAGAGGUGUUGGACUUUUCAUAGGAGUUGAGCUUGUGACAGACAGAGAGAAAAAGACUCCUGCUACUAAAACAGCAGCAUGGGUGGCAAAGAGGCUGAAGGAGGAAGAUCGGAUCUGUGUCAGUACCGACGGCCCCUGGGAAAGUGUUUUGAAGUUUAAACCUCCAAUGUGCUUCAGCAUGGAGGAUGCAGAGCUGGUGGUACACUGUAUUGACCGCAUCCUCACAGGCAUAAAAUCCAAUGACCUGAAAUUGGAAAAUGAAGACAUCUAAAGGUGUUCAGCACCAAUUCAUGGCAACAGUUUGGAUCAAGAUGUGAUCAGCUCAUUGAUAAUCAACCAAGUGGAAGGAGACAUUUGCACCUGGGAGACGAAGAUGUACCAGAAGACUUAAGGACUAAAAUUCCAAUUAUAUAUAUAGUUUUUAAAUUGAGUAAAUAAUAAAAAGUGAUCUUCUUAACUACAAUGCUUAUGUUCUUUUACCCACAGCAGCCAUAUUUUAAAUAACCAGCCUCCACUUAACACUGAUCCACAGCAUGAUCUCAAUACACAGAGUUAAGCACUUACCAGACUAUCUUUUAACUCUUGGAAACAUUCACAAAAAAAUGCUCAAGUAUUGCAGUUUCACAUUUAGUGGGGUGGGCAUUUACACUCAGCCAGUUAUCCUGCAGGUAGUGAGGCCCUCUCCCACAGCUUUCCAAGGAGGCAUCCGUGGAGGUGUUAACAUUACUUGAGACAAAACAAGCAAGCCAUUUAACAGUACAAAACAUUUAACAUUAACUUUACAAAUAAUAACAAAAAGAUCCAAGUGUAAUAUAAACCAAAAGUUUAUUUCUACCAAUUUGCCCAAGACACUAGAGGAAUGAGUUUCCAGUGAGAGAGGGAGUACCCUCUUACAUUAACAGGCUUGCGUUCAGUUGAAUAACACUAGUAAAGCCACUUAAAAUUGCAGACAUGAUGGGGGGAAAAGAACCUCCUUAAAAUCAAAAAGAAAAAACAAAUAAAAGGAUGCUGGUUGUCAUUGUCUACAAGGCCAUUUGCAAUAUUUACUUGACACGCUUACAAAGAAUCCUUUGAUUAGUUUCAAUCCCUUUUUUUCCCACCACACCCCACAUUUGAAGCCAUGCAACUUGCAUCCAACACACAGCAUGGAGGAAUAAACUAAAAUUCUAGUAACACAAAAAAGGAAAAAAAAAAAAAAAGGUUUAUUUGUGAGCUUUAAAAGCUCUUGCUCCUGCUCGUGUGUAAAUCCAG